AUUUAUAAAUUUUAGACUAAAAAAUGGAAAGAUGUGAAAUAAAUAAUCUGGCAACACUAGUUACACGUACAACAAAGACGCCGGCUGUGAAAAAAUAUGGGCGCGUCCACAAACAGCAAGAGCCCCCUGGUGUCCUCUAUUAUCUCAGGACUCCUUAGUUUGGUCAUUUUUGCCACCCUCCGUUUCUGCGCCGACUGGUUCAAUGGCAGCCAACUGAAUGUUCUGCUGGGCGGAUACCUUUUCUCAUGGCUGUUCAUCCUGAGCCUUACCUGUGUUUCCAACGCGGAAAUGGUAAUAUUUGGCCAGGACUUUCAGGCGAAACUGGUCCCCGAGAUUCUGUUCUGCUUGGCUCUCACAGUAGCUGCUGCAGGAAUCGUGCACAGAGUGUGCGCCACCACCAGUAUCCUGUUUUCGCUGGUCGGACUCUAUUUCCUAAACCGUAUCUCCACGAAACACUACUCAAAUGUUGUGGCUCCUGUUGAUGCACCGGCACGCAAAAGUGGAAAAAAGUUUAAAUAAGACUCCUAAUAAUCUGACACGCUCUUUGUGCUAUCUUAAACAUUCGAAUUAUAAUAUUAAUAAAUAGUAUUAACAAAUAA